UAAUGUUACUUUAGCUCUCUUUGGGUGUAAAUUUAAUUUUUAUGCCUUCGCUCUUUUGAUUUUGUGUUGAUGUUUUUCCAGAGGGAAAUGGACUUAGAUUUGGGUAAAUAAAAAUGACGAGCUUGGAUUUGUUUGACCCUGGAUGAUACGGCUAAGAUGGAUUGGUAAAGCAAAAGAAAGCAUUGACAUCCGAUACAAGAAAAGCUGAUGAAUAAUUAGAAAGUUUGAGGGACAUGGGAUUAGGUUCAAAGUCAGAAAGGAGUUCAAACUCACAACAAAGUUCAAGGACUGGGAAGGAGAAAGCCCACUUGCCACAUGCAGACCUGAUGUUAAAGAAUCAAGGCAAGUUAAAUGGAAAAAAUGGUAUUACUUUUCCGUAUGGUAUUCUGCCGGGUGAAAUUAUGAACAAUCGGAUUCAAAGCACCUUGGUUGAAACAAAACCUUUUGGGGAUUGCAAGGGCCAGCCUCUCAAGAGCAAGCCAACAAAAGAAGAGCUUGUUAGGUACAUGUCAAACUUGCCGGGUUACCUACGGCGGGUAGACAGUUCAGAUAACCUUCAAGAGAAUGCAUUGAAUGUCGGAGUUCUGGAUUGGGCACGUCUAGAAAAAUGGAAGUACCACCAAAAGCAUAACCCUACAACUACUGGAAAUGAUGAACCGUCCACAACCACCACCAUUUUACCAUCGAAAAUCAAUACCAAGUCUUCUGCCUUUUCUAAUGUUGUUCCCAAGGUUGCCUCUGCCAAUAAAGUUAAGCAACACUCUUCAACUUGUUCGAGUCUUACCACAUCUCAAAAGGAUGACAUUCCUCGAGGUGCAGAACCAUAUAUUCCAAAGGUUAGGCACCAUCAAGAUACUGAAACUGCUUCCAAGAGCACCUUGGAUCGGCAGAAGAAGACAUCCAAGACAUAUAAAUCCUUUGACAAAAUUAAUUCAGAUGCAAUUCUUGAGAAGGGGAAGAGAAAAGAAUUAGAUCAGAAAAUCACUCCAAAAGUGGGUAAUAUACCGUCAAACAUGAGAAAUCAUGGAGUCUCACCUCUGCCAAAGGAAACUGCAAGUGUUUGUGAUGGUGGAGCAAAAAACAGAGUAGAGCAAAGGAGGGGAACUGAUGUAAAUAAGAAGGAUUUGGAUGAUAAAACUACUUCAGAUAUGGAGGCUUCUUCAUCCAAAUCAAGAAACCAUGAAGUUUCACUGGGUUCCAGCAAAAUGCUCGGUGCUGAAAGCAACAAAACUAAGAACAAAUAUACUGAGGAAUACGAACAUGAUCUUAAUCAUGAAUGUUCUCCUGGUGGGCACAAGAACAUUGCUCUUCUUCCAACUUCUUCCCGAAACAACUUUCUUGAAGAACCUCGAGAUGGGACUUUGAAUGAAGCAAAACAUAAUAGCUCUUCCUAUGACCUGCUUCGGAAGGAUCAUUUUCGGGAAUUAUAUUCUGAUGUUCCUCAUUCUUGUACAUUUCCUUCUAGAGUUGAGAUGAAUCCUGAAACUGACAAGAUGGAACGGAGUCUGGAUCUUUCAUCUGAUGCAUCUAGUGGGCCUUUGUUCUCAGAUAACACAGGAAAUGUAAGGUCUCGGGGCAAGUAUUCAGCAGAAAACAAUUCAAAGUCUCAAGAUACUGAUUUUGAAACUUUGAAGAUACUGGAAGAAGAAAUGGCUGAGCUGGCAACUGAAAGAAGCAGAACUAGUUCACCAAAUCACCACUUUAGUUUCAGCUUGAGUCGUAUUAGUAGAAGUUUCAGUUUUAAGGAAAGUUCUGCAGUCCCACAAUUGAGAUCUGAUUAUGUUUCCGUGAGGUCCGGUCCAGUGAGGUCUGAUUCCUCUGGAUUUCUGGAUGAUGCACACAUAGAGCAGCUGAUUGGCCGUCAUAGAACUAAAUCCAGCCCCUUUAGAAGGGUGCUGGAUCCGCUACUGAAGUCUAAGGGCUUAAAUUCCUUUCGAUCCACCGACACUGUUCAGCCAUUGAAAGGAAGCUUGAACUCCUCUUCUCCACGGCCACUUGAUGCAAAUGAAUCCUUUCAGGAAGAAAAGUUGGGGUCAUCAAUGAUUAAAGCUCUUCUCGAGGUUGCAAUGAAGAAUGGACACCCACUGUUCAGAUUUGUCGUCACCAAUGGCAGCAAUAUGCUUGCAACUACCGUGAAAAGUCUAGCAUCAUCUGAGAAGGUGGGAUCUGAUCAGAAUUACGUUUUCUCUUUGGUUAGUGAAAUUAAGAAAAAGAGUGGCAGCUGGAUAAGCAAAGGAAACAAGGAAAAAAAUUGUGAUUACAUCUAUAAUAUCAUUGGACAAAUGAAGAUUUCCGAUACUCAUAUUUCAGAUUUGACUGCAGAAGACUCUUGCUAUUAUCAUCUGGAAAGAGAAUCUGUUCUGUUCAGUGUAGAGCAAAGACAAACAGAUCAAGCAUUGGCAAAGUUUACACCAGGUACCGAGCUUGCUGCUGUUGUCAUAAAAAUACCCGGUGAAAGCAAUGCACAGCAAGCUGAUAAAGAUAUAGUGAAGACUUGCUCUACAGAAUCUUUGGCUACAGAUGGAUGCCCGUGCAACUUUAUGGAAGGUUCCAGCUUCAAAAGUAUUACUGUCAUACUUUCCGGUGGAGUCCACAGCAUGCCAAACAAAGGAAUACCUUCCCCAUUGAUCGAUCGAUGGAGAUUUGGUGGAUUAUGCGACUGUGGAGGUUGGGAUGUUGGUUGCAAAUUAAAUAUUCUCUCCAACCAAAACAGCAGAUGCUGUAAGAAUUCAGGGGCGCAUCAAGCAUGCUCUGACCGUCUUGAACUUUAUCGUCAGGGAGAAGCACAGCAGAACAUGCCUAACUUCAGCUUGGUUCCACACAAAAAAGGAAUCUAUGCAAUUAAGUUCAGUUCAUCAAUCACUGCAUUGCAAGCGUUCUUUAUCUCCGUAACAGUUAUAAGUUGUUGGAAAUCCUCUGAAUUUCCAGAAUUCAGUAACCUGGCCAAUGGAAAAGUUAUAAAGGAAACAAUGUUGGAUGGCAGACUUGGGAUGGACACCAAACCAACCAUUGUCGUCGGAGCCAUGCCUGCAAAAUAUGCUCCGAACCCACCUCAUUCACCCUUUGGGAGGGUAUAGUUAAUAGUUUCGCACACAACAAUAUUCAGGUACAGUUAUAAGAAGUCUCGAAGAGUGCUAAACCUCGAGGUUAAUCUUCAUACAUACAAGGAAUUGGAUUUGGGGUAUAGGCUUGUUCAACAUGGUUAAUCGUCAAGAUUUUGUAAGAGUU